AUGUAUCUCACAGCGAAUUUCGGCUGGCUACCCGCUGCGAUUACUCAGCUCGAGGAGCAGACGAAGCCCCUCACCCAAGCAGUUGACACUUUCUCGGAAGCGAUCGCAAAACUCCAAGCAGUCCCUGGCCCUGUGGGUCUUCGCGUCAGCCAAAAGUGCGAGUUCGUUAUCCAGAACAAUCCAGACUAUGCCAAACUGAGCUCAAUCGCUCAAAUCCUGCGGGGCCACCGGAUCGCAGAUUGCAUGGAUUCUUACAACGCCUUAGAACUCUCGUCCUUCCGCUUCGCGCUGAUUACGUCGACGGAUGUAGAGAGAAGUUUUUCAAUGCUCAAACACACCCUCAGUGACCGACGUCACUGCCUCACAUUCGAGAAUUUCAAAAUGAUUCUUGUUAUCAAUUGUAAUACGGAUCCUUAG